AUGUCCGCAAAAGAAAAUGUCGCCCUGGCCGAUUUCUCGUCCAUUUUCACCCUCAACGGACAGGUUGCCAUUGUGACUGGAGGUUCGCGUGGAUUGGGACUACAUGCCGCUUCUGGUCUCUUGCAAGCAGGAUGCUCCAAAGUGUACAUCACGGCCCGGAAGGUUGCAGAGUGCAAGGCAGCUGCCAAGGCCUUGAACGCUCUCGAAAACAAAGGAGCUGGAGCACAAGCUAUUGCUAUCCCAGCUGACGUAUCCAAAGCCUCGGGCGUCAAAAUCCUAGUUGACGAGAUCUCCAAAACAACAGAUCAUGUCGAUAUUCUUUUUGCAAACGCUGGCGCUGUCUGGGGGGCACCCUUUGAUACCCACCCGGAGGAGGGCCUGGACAAAACUUACAACGUGAAUGUCAAAGGUGUAUUUUUGCUGAUCCAAAGGAUGGCGCGUUUGUUGGAGAACAAUGCCACACGGCAGCACCCAUCAAGAAUACUGAUUACAGGUUCCAUUGCGGGGAUUGGAAUAGGUACUCUGGGAUCGCAGGCUACAUACGGGUAUUCAAUGACCAAGGCCGCAGUCAUGCAUCUAGCCCGUAACCUGGCCGUUGAACUCGGGCCGAGAAAUAUCCUAGUCAAUUCUAUUGCCCCGGGCCUGUUCCCAUCGAAGAUGACGCUUGAUCGCAUGGAGAAUGUAGGGGGAGUUGCGAAUGUCGCUUCUAAUGUUCCUAAUGGAAGGGUUGGCCGACCAGAAGAUAUUGCGGCGCUGGUGGUCUUUCUUUCGGGUCGUGGAUCCUCUCACAUCAAUGGUACGACAAUUGUCAUCGAUGGCGGGAACUUACAUACAAGAAGCAUGCUUUGA